CCCGCCCGCUGUGUUUUGGUGGCGGCUGAAGCUUUGCGAUAGCAACGGCGCCGACUGAACGGGCUCGCUCGCCCACCCACCCACCCAGCCAGCCAGCCGGCCGGCCACUGAGUGAACCGGGACAGCCAGGGCGGGGUCGCGGCUCGCAGCCUCGCAGCUCGGGGCUCGGGGCAGGGCUGACUUGCCCGCACGCCGUCACGUCCUGAUCAGCCCUCCGGAUUUACCCGCAGUCGUGGAUGCCGGAGCGCGGCGUGUGAUAGAAGGAGGAUCUGAAGCGAGUCGAGCAGCGUCCUCAUCAUGUCCAUGAAGCAGGCCAAUAGCCGAAAGCCCGGCGGUGGCCUGGGCGCUGGUGGAUCCGGAGGAGGAAGCAGGCAGUCUGGCGGCAGAGGACGCAGCAGUGGAAAAGGAACUCCACAGCCUACAAUUCAGUAUGAUGGAAUAUAUGCAAACAUGCGUAUGGUUCAUAUUCUUACAUCAGUUGUAGGUGCAAAAUGUGAACUAAAAGUGAAAAAUGGUGGAAUGUAUGAAGGAGUGUUUAAAACUUAUAGCCCUAAGUGUGACUUGGUGCUUGAUGCUGCUCACCGAAAAAACUCAGAAUCCAGCUCGCGAGAACUGGGCCCAAAACGUGAAGAUAUUGUUGAAAGUAUCAUUUUUAAAUCUGCAGAUGUUGUAAUGCUGCAUUUUAAAGAUGUAGAUUUAAAUUAUGCAAGAAGAGAUGCCUUUACUGAUGCUGCCAUUGGCUCGAGACUAAAUGGUGAGCACAAAGAUAAAGAUCUAGAACCAUGGGAUGGUGGUGAUAGUACUAAUGAAGAUUUAGAAGCUCUGGAAUCAGAUGUGUCUAAUGGUUGGGAUCCUAAUGACAUGUUUAGAUUUAACGAGGAAACCUAUGGAGUAAGAUCAACCUAUGACAGCAGUUUGUCUUCAUAUACGGUACCAUUGGAAAGGGAUAAUUCUGAAGAAUUUUUACGGCGGGAAGCUAGAGCAGCUCAACUUGCUGAAGAAAUUGAAUCAAGUGCCCAGUAUAAGGCAAGAGCUGCAUUAGAAAAUGAUGAAAGGACAGAAGAGGAGAAAUAUACAGCUGUCCAAAGAUCUUCCAAUGAACGCGAGAGCCAUGGUGCCAACUCUAGAGAAAAUAAAUAUAUUCCACCAGGGCAAAGGAAUAGGGAUGGAAUGUCAUGGGGAAGUACACGACAGCACUCACCAAGAAUCGGGCAGACUGGUUCAGGUCCACCACCUUCUCGGGCUGGAUCUCAUACAUCAGAUUACAGCCCUAAUUCUGGAACAGACCAAAGAGUUGUGAAUGGAGGUGUUCCCUGGCCAUCGCCUUGCCCAUCUCCUUCCUCUCGCCCACCUUCUCGCUACCCAUCAGUACCCAACUCUCUUCCACUUCAGGCAGCCUCUCCUACCAGACCCCCCUCGCGGCCUUCAAGGCCUCCAUCUCACCCCUCCACUCAUGGUUCUCCAGCUCCUGUCUCUACUAUGCCUAAACGCAUUUCUUCAGAAGGUCCUCCACGAAUGUCUCCAAAGGCCCAACGCCAUCCUCGACAUAGAGGCCCCUCUGGUCGAGCUGGAAUGUCUUCAGGUUUGGAUUAUAUACCCCACAGUGUAUCUGGAGAAAUUUCUGCCCCUGUACCUCGUAACAGUUCUUCAGGAGGAACUUGGUCAUCUGUAGUUAGUGGUGGUUCAAGUACCCGUUUAUCUCCCAAAACACACAGACCGCGAUCUCCCAGACACGGCAACCAGCCAUCUCAGUAUAACCCUGGAAAUGCACCAAGUGGGAUGAUCCUAUCUUCUCCCCAACCUGGCAGUGUCCCAGCUGAACCUUUAGCCAUACCUGCUACAACAGUAUCUCCUACACCAGCCAGUCCAGCUACCAAUAGAGCUGUUACUCCAUCAGCUGAAGCUAAAGAUACAAGGCUUCAAGAGCAAAAGCAGGGUUCACCCUCUGCAAAGAAAGAGACUCCCAAGACUUCCCCCAACCUAACCAAAGCAGGAAUCAAGGCUGCAUCUCCAAUGGCUUCAGAUCAUGAAAAACAGAUAGCAGAUUUAAAGAAAUUUAGAGAAGAUUUUAGGCUACAGACUACAUCAACCCCUGAUCCAGUUGUGGAGCAGUUCAGUAAGCCAAGAGAGGGUGUAGAUAAUCAGCCUAAGGAUUCGGUCAAAGAAAAAGUAACAGUGAUUGAGCCAAGCAGCAAAGAAUCCGCUAGUGACAGCAGCUCCAAUGCCAACACCAGCAAUGGUAGUAGUAAGCCGAGCAGUCCCAGCACUACCCCAAAUAUCAUCAGCUCUGAGCAGAAGAGAGGGCCUGAUGUGACGUCCCAAGCUGUCCAGACUACUGGUCCGAAUACCAAGGCAGAGAAGGAGGAAAAAGAGGAUAGAAAGGAAGGUACCCCAGAACAAGUCAGAAAGUCUACAUUGAAUCCCAAUGCUAAAGAGUUCAAUCCCAAGGCUUUCUAUACUCCUCCUAAACCAACAACUACACCAACGCCACCACGUCCUCAAGCCCAGCCUAGUCCAUCGAUUGUGGUACAACAACAUCCUCCUGCAGUGUACAAUCAACCAAUGUGUUUUACACAGAACAUGGUGUACCCAGUUCCAGUCAGUCCAGGAGUGCAGACUACACAUAUGUACCACGUACCAAUGACUCCCAUGCCCAUCAACCAAGCCAAGUCAUAUAGAGCAGGUAAAGUACCAACCAUGCCACAACAGCGACCAGAUCAGCACCAUCCUCAAGGCACACCAACUAUGAUGCAUCCAGUUAGUGCAGCUGGCCAGAUUGUUUCCACUGCUCCAGCUUAUUCGCAAUAUGUUGCUUAUAGCCCUCAGCAGUUUGCUAACCAGCCCAUAGUACAGUCUGUAGCACAUUAUCAGUCACAGCCUCAAAUGUACAGCCAAGUAAUGCAAAGUAACGCUCGCAUGAUGGCGCCACCUGGUCAUGGACAGCCAGGAAUGGUCCCUUCAUCCACAGCUCAGUUUCCUACUGCUGAACAAACGCAUGCUAUGUAUGUUUCCCCUGGCCCGAUCCAUCAGCAGUAUGCACCGCACCCAACUGCUACCUUACAUCCACAUCCUCCACAUCCACAGCCAUCUGCUACUCCCACUGGACAGCAACAGGGACAGCAUGCGGGAAGUCAUCCAGCACAAAGUCCAGUCCAGCAUCCUCAACAUCAGGCUCCUCAGACCCUUCAUUUGGGGAACCCUCAGCAGCAACAAGCAAUUUAUCACACAACUCUUACACCAACUCCACCCUCGAUGACCCAAGGUCCCAAUCCACAGUCUCCUCAGACCAGCUUCCCAUCGGCACAGCAGACUGUCUAUGCUCUUCAUCCUCAGCAGGUUCAGCAUGGAUAUUCAAAUCCCCCCCAUAUGGCACAUGUACCUCAGGCCCAUGUACAGUCUGGAAUGGGCCCUCCACAUCAUCCUGCCACUACCCAUCCUCAUAUGAUGCUGAUGCCAGCACAACCACCUGGUGGGCAAGGUGCCAUCCCUCAGAGUGCACUGCCACCCAUUCCAGUUUCCUCAACUACACACUUCUCCUACAUUGCACACCAACAGGUGCAAGCCCAUCAUCAGCAGCAGUUGUAGUCCUGUUCUACACUAAGCAACAGGCUGAAGCCACUUAUCCUUCCCCACCCUAAAACCUGGAACCAGAAGCACAGAGUAUUAAAAUUGUUCUCUCAUGCUAAACGAACGUGCUCACACAUACUUCCAGUUGUAAUCAAUUGAUUCAAUGGCUGCUGUUCUGAAGAAGUGGACUGGAGAGAAAGAAAUGAGAAUUACAGAUAUUCUGGAAUAAGUGUGUCCUGUCAACAGAUCUACAGAAUGCCCAAAAUCUGCUUUCCAAUAACUGGAAUGUAUUUAUUUUGCCUGACCCUUCUAAGUUAUGAACUUCCCAUGGUGAAAAGAACUAAUAAAGUUGUUUGUUCCUGCUGCAAGCCAUUCUGAUUUGGGAAACCAGAAUCCUCUGCUUCUAACCAAACUUGAACUCCAUCUAUAACAAAAUCCGAUUGUGAACUGGUGGAUUAUUUAUGAAUUGAGGUUGCUGGAGAAGAGUGCUGUCACCAGACAGUGGUGUAACUUUUAAGUUAAAAACUUUUACUUUGUAGAUAAUAUAAAAAAAACAUAAAAAAACAAA